AUGGAUAAUAGAACGGGUGAAAGCACGCGAGUCUUUGCUGGCCAUAUCAAACAAUACUUUGCUUCACUACCACUCUUCACGGUCGUCGUCUUGAUCCUCUCAUGGACGAUAACAUUGCUCGAUGUGCCAGGUCGCCUCAAUUCGUCCUCGGUCAUUGUCAGCCACUACCUCAAUCUAAGCGCGAACAAGGUGCUUUCCCAUUGGCAAGCGCAUCGAUUGGUGUUUUAUCCAUUUGCUUCGCUUGGGGUCACCUACUCGUUGACGAAUACGCUUCUCGUUCUUCCCUAUCUCGCCAGCAUGGAACGCAAACACGGCACUGUACGCCUCGCAUGGGCAUUGUUGAUCUUGAUGACGUUUGCAACAUCCGUGGCCUAUGUGAUAUUGAUUGGUGUCUACAGCAUGGUGUCAUCGGAUAUGAGCAAGUAUUAUACAUUCGCCGGCCUUUCAGCCUGGACGGUUGGAUUAGCUGUGUGGUCUGCUAUCGAGGAACAAGCUGAAGGACAAAGCAAUGAUAGGAUGCUUUUUGGUGUGAUUCGGAUUCCAGGUCAUAUUAUGCCGCAUUUGAUUAUUGCAUUCUAUUUCUUCCUUAUGCCAGAUCUCUCAUUGAUCAUUCAUCUCAUCACUGCUGGUAUCGCCUAUGGCUAUGCCAAAAACAAGUUACCACCACGACUCGUCCCUUCAGAAGAUACCUACCGGAAUUAUGAGCAGAAUCCAUGGCUUGGGCGUGCUGUCAAUCAUGGCCGCUUUAUUAGUGUGGAUAAUACCUCGGCUUACCUUCCCAUUGCAAACAGCAGCAGCCAACAUCUCAACACUGAUACCAAUACCACCUCCACCGCCCCAUCAUCCAGCUACACUCCAUUUUCAGGCCAAGGACAACGACUUGGUGACGCUUGA